AUAACACGCACCUUUUCGGGGUGGCGACGCCAUUCAUGACGGCGGAGGCGACCAAGGACCCGCGGUCUCCAUGGGAAGGAGAUGGUAUUGAGAUGCGACCUCUUCUCCACAAGUCCAAGAGCUUGGGCUGCACGGGUCGCACGUCGAGUUCGAGAAGCCUCCGCGACCACCUGCGCCGUAGCUCCGAGGGCAGCGAAAGCAGCAUCGAAUCACCGGGUGGCCAUGAUGAAGAUGUCAGCAGGCAGAGGCUGCUGGAGAAAGCUCGGAACGCGCUUCUGUUCUCGGUGUUCCUUGUCGUGUUGGGGGUCGGAGUCUUGGUGACGGCGUGGGCCCUGUGCACCGCGACCGACCAGUUCAUGGCCGCCGGCGCCGCCGUGUCCUGCCUCUUCUCCUUCGCCAUCCUCGUCAGCUACAUGGAAUGCGCGCGACUUCGCAAGUACCCGAACCAGCUCAUCGUCCACAAGAGUGCCAUCGAUCUCGUACUGUCCGUGGUCAACAUGCUGCAGUUCGCAUGCGCAUCAUCUCCCAUCGUGCCUUCCCAAACCACGUCCUUCGCCCUAGGUCUCCACAACGCCAGUGUCUUGAUUCAUAAACACGUUCAUCCGUCAUAGGGCUUCUCUUCGCGGGAGAGUUUUGGUUCUGCGCCAUGUCCAUCGACUUGAUCCAAUCCAUCACGAACCCGUUCUCGUCAUUCUCGUACAACUUGCAUCUGUACCGCGUCUGCUCGGUCCUCUUCGGCGUUGUCGGCAGCCUCACGCUGUCCACGUCAUCCACCGCCCUUCUCGCGUCCUUGCCGGUGGUCCAUCACCAGAUGCAACUGCCAUGGAUGAUCUACUACAGCUCCGUCGCGUGCUCCAUGUUGGUGUCCAUAGGCUGCUUCCUUUACGUCCAACGACGCCUCGCGACAGGGCUCGAAGAAACAUUCGACACGCGAAAACAGGUCUUGGUCCACGGUCUACUCGCCAGUGUCACGUACAUCUCGUGGUCGGUCGUCGUGUUGGCCGUCGUUGCCGCCGCCGUCCUCGUUCCAUCCAUCGGCAGUCCUUCCCCCUCCUUCCAUGAGUCCAUCGUACAUCUUCACGCCUUUAUGCAUGCCGCCAGGGGGCUCGUGAACCUCUUCGUAUGGGGGCUCACCAACGGCCGAGACCUCUCUGCUGUCCUCUGCUUCACGCCACACAUCUCAGACGAGUUAGACAACCCCGACGAGCUGCUGAAACCGCAACUCAACCUGGCCCUGCGUCGGCAACUCAUCCAAAUGGCCACGAAAGGUAUCGUCGAUGCUGUCGAGCACUACCUGCUUCUGCACCAAUCGAUCCGGACCAACCAAUCGUUUGCAUUGGACUGGGACCCCAAGCAGCGGUCGACGUCCGUGUCCGGCGUAGACUUUGGCCUGCGACGGCGGCAACGGAUGGACGAGAUGCACUUUGAGGACUUCCAGCCGCGUAUCUUUGCGACCGUCCGGGCGCUGAGCGACAUCGACGACCACGAGUACCUGCGCAGCUUCCGCGCGACCGCGAACGAACGACUGAGUGAAGGUCGCAGUGGUGCGUUCGUGUUUUCAACCAGCAACCGGCGGUACUUGGCCAAGAGCAUGACCAAAGCUGAGAAAACGUUUCUCAUCUCCAUCAUGCCAGCGUAUGUCCAGUACCUCAAGUGGAAUCCGUCGACGCUUCUUCCGCGGUUCUACGGCGUCCACGCCAUGAAGCUGUACGGCAAGAUGUUUUACGUCGUCGUGAUGGCGAAUAUCUUUGCCACCACGGAAGCCAUCCACCGCCGGUAUGACAUCAAGGGGUCAUGGGUCGACCGCAACGCCCCUGUCUGUGUCAUUCGCGACCUUGUGCGCUGUGCCAACUGCAACAAACAGUUUACAUUUGGCGUGAAUGACCACGACAUUCCGUGUCACUCGACUGUUGGGGAGCACUACCCCGACAUUACAUUGCGCGACAACGACCUGAAGAAACGCAUCAAACUGCCUCGAGGAACGUCCCAUGCCCUACUCAAGCAGAUUGCAAGGGACAGUGACUUUCUCUGUGGACUGGGGGUCAUGGACUAUAGCCUGUUGAUUGGGAUGCAUUAUUCGCAGUUCAAGAUCACCAGUGGCCACCCGCCAGAGGACGAGACCAACGUGUUUACUCGCAGUGGGUCCCCCAAACUCACACAUCGCACCCGCCUCGAGUCGUCGUCCGCCACACGCGAAGAGGACGACUGGAGCGGAGAAAAUACCUUUGGCGAGGUGACCCAUCGGUAUAGUGCCCACUUUGUGUCGGGCCCGAGCGCGUACUACAUUGGCAUCAUCGACGUCCUGCAGCAGUGGACGCUGACCAAGCAAGUGGAGCGCCUGUACAAGGUGCAUGUGCUGCAGAAGGACGGGCGUGGCAUCUCCGCCAUCAACCCCAACCAGUACGCCAAGCGCUUCCAGAUGAAGAUGUGCCAGCUCCUGUAUCAGCCUGACGACGAAGACGACUAACUGUUUGUUAGCAAGUAAGUUGUUGCACACCAACGAAGUGUCGUGAUGAAAUCGGAAAUGUACUACAGUACUGUAAAGCUUUUUAAGCUGGCGCUUCUCGUCCUUCUCA